CAGGCCAGCCCGAACACGGUCCUUAGGGCCGGGACACCCGGGGCUGUCAGCUGGCCUCUGGGCAGCCCCGCCGGGAGAGCACCGACUGUGGCGGCAGUCGCCAGCCCGGAGCCGGAAGUGCCACGUGUCCCCAUUGCGCCUGCGCGGCCGGCGGCUGACACUUCCGGCAAGGGCCUCUCUUCUCUCCGGGCUUGUCUGCCUCCUUCCAGCACCCCGUUCCCGGCCCCACCGACGUGACUACCUACCCUCCGCUCCCAGGCCAAGUCGUGGCCGCCGGUGGGCUGGGGAGAAUGUGGCGCCGGGCCUAGGGCUUGGUGCGCCUCCCUCUCUCCUCCCCGCCCUCUGUCCACAGUCGUUCUUUCCCUUCGCUUCCAGGAGUCGCCUUUCAUCUCUUCGCUCGGCGCUGUCGCAUAUCGCGACCAGCCCCUUCCAACCCGGAUAACCACCGUCGUCAUGUCCCAGCCGGGGAUACCGGCCUCCGGCGGCUCCCUAACCGGCCCCCAGGCCCAGAAUGGGGCCGCCUCGGCCUCGGGGUCUUCCUAUACCAACGGUCCUAUCCAAAAUGCACUGCUGUCUGCACAAGGAUAUAAUUCUCAGCUUCCAGGAUCCUACUCUCAUCUAUUACCAGCAAAGACUUUGAAUCCAGUCUCUGGACAGUCGAACUAUGGUGGUUCUCAGACUGUUUCUCCAUUAAAUAAUUAUCAGGGACCUGGGCAGACUCUUCAUAGACCACCUGUGGCUUCUAAUGCAGUGACACCUUCACUCCAUAGUGGUCCUGUUCCCCGAAUGCCACAACAUGCUUCUCAGAACCCAGCUGCUACACCAAUGUCUUCUGGUAGCUUUCAUCCUGGAGCCAAUGUACCGCCACCUCUGAAUUGGCAAUAUAACUAUCCAUCCACAGGAUCACAGACAAACCAUUAUCCUCGUGUAUCAACUGGACCAACUAUGUCUGGGAAUACAAAUUUGACAAGUCAUCAGUAUGUUUCUUCUGGAGAUCCUUCACUUCAAAACAACUUCAUAAAAUCAGGUUCUGCACCCCCCUUAGUGAAUCCACCUCUGCCUACCACUUUCCAACCAGGAGUUCCUCUUGGGCCUCCUCCAGUUGGAGGACCACCUCCAGUGAGGGCCCUAAGUCCUCAGAAAUCAUCACAUAGGGAUGUGCCUCAGCCCUCAUUUAAUUCACCUAUCAACCAAGAAGGUAUAACAUCAAGUACCAAUAAUGGAUCUAUGGGGGUUCACAAUCGUUAUGAUGAAAUUGAAGGCGGUGGCUUCUUGGCAACACCACAGCUUACUGAUAAGAAUCCUACAAUGAGCCGAAGUGUUGGAUAUUCAUAUCCCUCUUUACCACCUGGUUAUCAGAACACACAACCACCUAGUACAACCGGAAUGCCAACCUCUUCCUUGAGCUACCCAAGUGGGCCACAGGCCUUUACCCAGAAUUCCUUAGGUGCUAAUCAUUUAACUGCAAGCAUGAGUGGAUUGAGUCUACAUCCAGAUGGGCUAAGAGUUAUUAACCUUCUUCAUGAGAGAAACAUGCUUCCGUCAACACCUUUGCAGCCUCCGGUUCCAAAUUUGCAUGAAGAUAUCCAGAGACUCAACUGUAACCCAGAGUUAUUUCGAUGUACAUUGACUAGCAUUCCUCAGACUCAGGCCUUACUGAAUAAAGCCAAACUUCCGUUAGGACUGCUGCUUCAUCCUUUCAAAGACCUAAUGUUGUUUUUUCAGCAAUUGCCUGUGGUUACCUCCAGUACAAUUGUGAGAUGCCGUUCAUGCAGGACAUACAUCAACCCUUUUGUCAGCUUUCUUGAUCAAAGGAGAUGGAAGUGUAACUUAUGUUACCAAGUCAAUGAUGUUCCUGAAGAAUUCAUGUACAACCCUUUGACCAGAGCCUAUGGAGAACCUCACAGAAGACCUGAAGUUCAAAAUGCUACAAUUGAGUUUAUGGCUCCUUCAGAAUACAUGUUACGACCACCUCAACCUCCAGUGUACCUCUUUGUGUUUGAUGUGUCUCACAAUGCAAUUGAAACUGGAUACUUGAAUUCAGUUUGCCAGAGUUUGUUAGACAAUCUGGAUUUGCUUCCUGGCAACACUAGGACAAAAAUUGGCUUCAUAACAUUUGAUAGUACAAUCCACUUCUACAGUCUUCAAGAAGGUCUCUCUCAACCUCAGAUGCUAAUAGUUUCAGAUAUUGAAGAUAUUUUUAUACCUAUGCCGGAGAACUUAUUAGUAAAUUUAAAUGAAAGUAAAGAGCUUGUCCAAGAUUUACUGAAAAGUUUGCCACAAAUGUUCGCCAAGACUCUGGAGACCCAGAGUGCCUUGGGUCCUGCACUUCAGGCUGCCUUUAAGCUGAUGUCCCCAACUGGUGGUCGAAUGUCUGUCUUUCAAACACAACUCCCAAAUCUUGGAGUAGGAGCCCUGAAACCACGAGAGGAACCCAACCAAAGGUCAUCUGCUAAGGAAAUUCACUUGACACCAUCCACUGACUUCUAUAAGAAAUUAGCUUUGGACUGUUCUGGUCAGCAGGUCGCUGUUGACUUAUUCCUUCUCAGUGGACAGUAUUCUGAUUUGGCUUCUUUGGGUUGUAUUUCUCGGUAUUCAGCAGGUAGUGUCUAUUAUUAUCCCUCUUACCACCAUCAGCACAACCCAGUACAAGUACAGAAAUUACAGAAGGAGCUACACAGAUACCUCACUCGGAAGAUUGGUUUUGAGGCAGUCAUGAGGAUUCGGUGCACCAAAGGUCUUUCCAUUCAUACUUUCCAUGGGAACUUCUUUGUUCGGUCAACAGACUUACUGUCUUUGCCCAAUGUAAAUCCAGAUGCUGGAUAUGCAGUACAGAUGUCAGUGGAAGAGAGUCUUACUGACACUCAGUUGGUUUCCUUUCAGUCAGCACUUUUGUAUACGUCCAGCAAAGGUGAAAGAAGAAUUCGUGUUCAUACUUUGUGUUUGCCAGUAGUUUCAAAUCUGAAUGAAGUCUUUCUUGGAGCUGAUGUUCAAGCAAUUUCAGGGCUAUUGGCCAAUAUGGCUGUUGACAGGUCUGUGACUGCCAGUCUGAGUGAUGCUCGGGAUGCCCUAGUGAAUGCCGUCAUAGACUCUCUCUCAGCUUACCGUUCUUCAGUCCUAAGUAACCACCAGCCCGGACUCAUGGUUCCUUUUUCGUUGCGGCUUUUUCCACUCUUUGUGUUGGCUCUCCUUAAACAGAAAUCAUUCCAGACUGGGACAAAUGCACGUCUAGAUGAACGCAUUUUUGCUAUGUGUCAAGUGAAAAACCAGCCCUUGGUUUACCUUAUGCUCACAACUCAUCCCAAUUUGUAUAGAGUUGACAAUCUUUCAGAUGAGGGAGCACUCAACAUCAAUGAUCGAACUAUACCUCAGCCGCCUAUUCUUCAGCUUUCAGUGGAGAAGCUGAGCAGGGAUGGAGCUUUUCUCAUGGAUGCAGGCUCUGUACUGAUGCUUUGGAUUGGAAAGAAUUGUGGACAGAAUUUUCUCAGCCAAGUUCUAGGAGUUCAAAGCUAUGCAUCAAUUCCACAGACUAUGACAGACCUUCCGGACCUUGAUACCCCAGAAUCUGCCAGAACAAUAGCUUUCAUAUCUUGGCUUAGAGAACAAAGACCAUUUUUCCCAAUACUUUAUAUAAUAAGGGAUGAGAGUCCAAUGAAAGCAAAUUUCCUUCAAAACAUGGUAGAAGACAGAACAGAAUCUGCAUUUUCAUAUUAUGAAUUCCUCUUGCAUAUACAACAGCAAGUGAAUAAAUGAACCAGUGAAGAUAUUUGACUCAGUUAUUUCUAAGGAAAGUCACAAUAAUGCAGAACACCUGAGAAUGUGUAAUACCUUCCUUUCUAUUAGGUUUGUGGACUGAUGUGAUGAUUAUAUGUUCUCACUGUGAUUUCAACAAACUAUAGCAAAUAAAGGACCACAGCAGAGAAUCAAACAUGCAACUCUGAAAUACUGUAUUUUUCAAAUCAAAAUAUAUCUGCAUAUGAUUAGACACCUUUUUUCUUUGCUGCCAAUUAUGUUUGAGUUGUUAUGGAUUGAAAUAAGAUGAGACAAUAUUGCAGAGGCAAAGUAAAUUUUGUAAAAUAAAGACUUCUGUGUUCCAAAUAUAUAUUUCUCUCUUUUUUUUUUUUUCCUGAAUUUUUGGCUGCUACAUUUAAAACCUCACAAGACUAAGUGUUGCAGGGAAAUUAUAAAUCCGUUGAUAAUGAUCUUCCUUAAAUUAAAAAAAAAAUUUUU